UUUUGUAGCGCGUGGACGUCGCAGCGCGCAAAUCAAACGAGUCACAACUCGAACCGCACACAAAACUCGACUAUCGAAACGGGAAUUCAAAACUCCGACGCGUAAACGGAACAAAAAAUCAAAUCAAAAACGCGCCAAACGCAAAUCAAAAUUUGUUUCGUGUUUUAUUGCCCUGCAUUUGCUGUACAUUUUUUUUGUUGGUGUUGUUGUGCUGUGGCCGAAAAAAAAGUUGCCCGCGAAGCUGCGAAGCAGAAGAGCAACAGGCAUAGUUAUUAUUGCUCUUAGCACUUGGGAUAUAUCGCAUUGGAUCGCAUUGGACUAAGUCGAAAUGUCAGCAGCCGCGCCAGGCAAGAGCAGGAGCAAGAGCAAGCAUUAAUUAGAUCGAUAGCAGCCGAGGGAUCCAAUCAAGCAUGAUCAAGUUCCGCUACAAGCGAAAGGAGCCCAGCAACGUGGUUGCCAGCAGCUCGCCAUCGACGACGAGCACAGUCCCGACCCCAAAGACGGCUGCGGCGUCUCCGCUGCAGCAGCUGAUUAGCAACAAUGGCACCUUGCCCCGGAGCAGUCCCAGGAAGCUGCUGCUGGAGGCCGGCGAGGGCCACAAGUCGGCCACCCUGACGCGCCAGAGCAAGCCGACCAAGCAGCAGAACGUCUGCGCCUUGGCCAAGGUGUCCAGCAGCGUGGAGCUGGCGGUGCUCGGAUACAGCGGCAACGGCAACGGCAUCGGCAACGGCUCGAGUUCCGCCGAGCGGGAUCGCUGCAUCAAUGCGGUCAUUGAAUUGUUCCAGCAGCUGCAGACCAGCUCGGAGCCAGCUUUAUGCCCGGAGCCACUGCGUCGCGCCUUGGCCAGCGGUCCGCUCGCCGGUCGUCGCUUCCCGCUGGGCUGCCUGGGCGAUGCCGCCGAGUGCUUCGAGCUGCUGCUCCAUCGCGUCCACUCGCACAUCUCCCCUGACGACGGUGACUCCUGCGAGUCGCCGGCCUGCAUUGCCCAUCGCCGCUUCGCGAUGCGCGUCAUCGAGCAAAGCGUCUGCAAAUGCGGCGCCAACUCCGAGCAGCUGCCCUUCACGCAGAUGGUGCACUAUGUCUCAGCCUCGGCGCUGACCUCACAGAAGAGCCUCGCGCUGCAGAACCACCAGCAGCUGAGCUUCGGCCAGCUGCUGCGCGCCGCGGGCAACAUGGGCGACAUACGGGACUGUCCGAACACUUGUGGGGCGAAGAUUGGCAUUUGCCGGGCGCUGCUCAAUCGGCCGGAUGUCGUCUCGAUUGGCAUUGUGUGGGACUCGGAGCGACCCGCCGCCGACCAGGUGCACGCGGUACUGAAGGCGGUUGGAACCAGCCUGCGGCUGGCCGAUGUCUUCCAUCAGGUCAGCGAGCAGCGCUGGGCCCAGCAGGCGCAGCACGAGCUGGUCGGCAUCGUCUCCUACUACGGCAAGCACUACACCACCUUCUUCUUCCACACCAAGCUGAAGGUGUGGGUCUACUUCGACGACGCCAACGUCAAGGAGGUCGGCCCCAGCUGGGAGGGCGUCGUCGACAAGUGCAGUCGCGGCCGCUACCAGCCCCUGCUGCUGCUCUACGCCGUGCCCCAGCCGCCCAGCUCAGCCGCAGCUGGCGCCGUUGCCGCCGUUGCCGCCAACAAUUGCGGCAUGGAGCGACGCGCCGUCACGCCCAGCCCGGAGAAGCCCAGCCUGGGCAGCACCAGGCGCGCCAUUACGCCAACGCCAACGCCGACGCCGAUGCCGAUGCCGACGCCGGGGUUCACGGCCACAGCGCUGCGUGCGCCUCUGAAUGACUACCAGAAUCUGAGCGUCAUCCAGAAGAAUAUAUUUCCGGCAGCUGCGGCUGCAGCUGCUCCGGCGGCCGUUGGCAGCGACGAGACGGAUGCGUACAUCAGCCGGAAGACCGUGGAGCAUGUGCUCAGCGCCCAGUACCAGAACCUGAGCGUCAUCCAGGACAAGAUCGUGGCCGGCGACAAGGAGGGCGGCUUUCUCAACCGCAAGCCCAUCGAGGCGAUGCUCAGCGCCCAGCUGGCGCGCCGCCAGCAUCUCCAGCUGCAGCGCAGCCACAGCGCCGAGUCGAGCUCGGGCCAUGCGAGCGGCGCCUCCAAUGGCAGCUCCCCGCCCAGCGACGGGCUGACCAUACCCGAGCACCUCAAUCAGCCGAGGCGCCGCGAUUCCGGCAACUGGUCCGGGGAUCGCAACAGCGCCAGCUCCGCCAGCUCCACCACCCUGGACAAUCCAUAUCUCUACAUGGUCGCCAAGCGGGGCGUCGCCGCUGUGCCGCAGAGCCCCACGCGGCACGCCCACGCCCACGUCCACGGCUACGGCCAUGGACAUGCAAUCGGACACGGACAUGCACUGGGCCAUGCACAUGGACUGCCCUACGAUGCGGGCUACGACUCGUUCUCACUCAGCUCGACGGACUCGUAUCCGCCCAAGCAUGCGCUCAAUCCCCAGCUGGCCAAGAUACCAGAAGCGGGCGCGGGUGCGGGUGCGGGCGCGGCCGCGGGCGUGACGCCCAAUGGAGCUGGCCAGGCACACGGCCACGGCCAUGGCCAUGGCCAUGGACACGGACACGGACUGGCGCUGACCGGAGACUGCGAGAAGCUGUGCCAUGAGGCCGACCAGCUGCUGGAGAAAUCGCGUCUGGUCGAGGAGUCGCACGAUCUGGAGACGGCGCUCGUCCUAUGCAAUGCGGCCGCGGGCAGGGCCCGGGCCGCCAUGGACGCGCCGUACAGCAAUCCGCACACGAUGACGUUCGCACGGAUGAAGCACAAUACGUGCGUGAUGCGGGCACGGAGCCUGCACCGGCGCAUCCUCGUCGAGAAGGGGGCCGAGAGCGAGGCGAUGCCCGAGCUGAAGCACAUGCGCGAGGGCAGCAACAGCUCCGUGAAGCACAUGCGCCAGAACAGCAAGGAUCGCACGCUCGACAAGCUCGACAAGCUCGAGCCGAGCGCCUCGGCGGCCAAGAGCAUCGAGAUCUAUGCGACGCUGCCCAAACGCAAGAGUCCUCUUAAGGCGCUCGCCAGCGGCGGAGACGACAAUGCCAUCGAGUAUGAGCAGCAGGUGACCACCAGCCACCAGACAAAGCCGGAGCGCGAGAGCCGCUCCCUAUUCGGGCGUCGCGACAAGGACAAAGAUAAGGACAAGGAGAAGGAUAAGGAGAAGGAGAAGGAUAAGGAGAAGGAGAAGCGCAGCCGCAGCGAGGAUCGCAACAAGCUGACGCGCGAGUUCUCGCUGACGGAGACGCUGCUGGUGAAUGCCAAGGACACGCUGAAGAAGCACAAGGAGGACAAGGACGAGAAAAAGGAGAAGGACAAGAGCGGCAAGAAGCAGCACAAGAUCCGACGCAAACUCCUCAUGGGCGGCCUCAUACGCCGCAAGAAUCGCUCCAUGCCCGAUCUCACCGAGGCCGUCGACGAUGCUGCCGGCGCCGCUGCCAAUGCCAGCGUCCACGGUGCCACGCCCACCAUUGCGCCAUUGACCAGCUCCGUGGACGACAGCGCCGUCGGCCUGAAUCUGCACGGGCAUGCCAAGCACGGCCACGCCUACAACGCCGCAAUGACCAUGAGCGGCUACAUCUCAGAGGGGCACUUCGACUACUCGCACGGCGGCCACAAUCCACAGCUGUCGUCGACGGUGCAGCAGUCCAGCGCCAAUCCCAAUCUGGAGCGCAGCAAGCUGAUGCGCAAGAGCUUCCACGGCAGCGGCCGACAGCUGACCAUGGUGCCCAAGGUGGCGCCGCCGCCGCCCAUGCGCACCAGCUCCUCCCUCACCCCUCAGCAGCAGCAGCAGCAGCAACAGUUCCAUCACGAGGCCAAUCUGUCGAAUAUAUCGGCCAUGAGCUCGAACACCUCGAUCAGCGAGGACUCGUGCCAGACCAUAAUCACGACCUGCGCCCAGGUGCACUCCGAGCAGAGUCCGCUCAAGGAUCUCCAGCUGCAGAUGACGCCCUACGACGAGCUCGACGGGCUAUCCCUGGCCAUGACCAUGCCCUUGGCCAUGGGCAUGGCGCCGCCGCCGCCGCCGCCGCCGCUGGAGUUGCCGCCGUAUCCCAGCCCGCCGCAGUCGGUGUGCCAUUCGCGGCAGGCCAGCGAGGAUUUCCCGCCACCGCCGCCGCCCGAGAUCGAUCUGGAGCCGCUCAACCAGCAGCUGAGCCACCUGCAUGCCCUCGAGGCGGCCAGCAAGCAGCAGCGCCAGCAGCUCGACUCGCUGGAGGGCACCACCAGCAUUUUGGCCCAGCUGCAGCAGCGACAGCAUCUGCUCAAGCUGCGCAAGGAGCAGGCCACGCCCAUGCCCGAUCUCAGAGGGAUGCAGCGCAAACAGGAUGCGCCCUCGCCCAGCAGCGUACGAGAUCUGGCCCAUCGCUUCGAGCAGAGCAGCAGUUCAUCCGGCCCCACCAUGCGCUCCUAUGCCUCCCAAGAGCUGCUCAGCCCCAGCUCCAGCUCCAGCUGCAGCUCCAGCUGCGGAACCUCCGCCCAAGCAACGGCCGCACAGUUGCGCACACAGAUGAACGGCCUGCCCAACGGCAAGCCGGACGCAGAUGAGGUUGACUGUGCGCCCGUCCGCCUGCAUCCCCCUCUGCACCCAACCCUGCACCAACAGCAGCACCAGCAGCAGCAGCUGCUGCCCAAGCCCAAGUACGAGAUGUCGCAGUCGCAGAUCGCCGAAGAGAUACGCGAAGUGGAGCUGCUCAACACAAUGGUACAGCAGACGCUCAACCAGACCAAUCUGGCGCCGCCGAAGCGCGUUAAGAAGAAGAGCGUCUCGUUCUGCGACCAGGUCAUCCUGGUGGCCACCGCCGGCAACGAGGAGGACGACGAUUUCAUACCCAAUCCCAUACUGGAGCGCGUACUGCGCACCGCCCAGCAUCCCAACGAGAAGGUAACCGCGCAGCUCAUCCAGCAGCAGCAGCAGAACAUGCUGCGCCUGCAAACGGAGCCGCAGCCACGACAACAGCAGCAGCAGCAGCAGCAGCAACAGUCGUCGCCCAUGCUGGGCAGGCCGGAUAUGCAGCGAUAUGUGCAGCGACAGCAGCAGCUGCUGCAGCAACAGCAGCAGCAGCAACAGGAGCUGUUUCGCCUCCAGCAGCAGCAGCAGCAACAGUUGCAGCAGCAGCGCACCAGCAUGAGCGGCAUUUCCAGCCAGCAGCAGCAGCAGCAGCAGCAGCAGCUGGAUGCACAGUACACGAGCAUGCCCCGGCCCCUGCAUGCCGCACAUCAGCUGCCCCAAAGCUAUUCCGUGCAACUGCAAAAGCAUCAGCAGCAGCAGCAGCAGCAGCAGCAGAUGACCCUCGCCUACUUCAGCAAUGGCAACGUGCUGGCCGGCCUGCAGUUGCCCGAGCAGCCGCUGCCCUCGCCCUAUCAGCGCGUGCCCCUGCCCCAUGGCUAUCAGCAGGCCGCCGCAGUCGCAGCCGCAGCCAGCUACUAUGCGCCCCCGCAGCAGCAGCAGCAGCAACAGCAGCAGCAACUGGUCAAUGGCAAGCCGGCGCAAAAGAAGGUCAGCUUUGAGCCGGGCACCAAGGGCGAAACGGAUGGUUGCCUGCCCCCGCUGCCCCCGCUGCCGCCGGCGCCGCCGUCGCAGUCGAAGCUGGGGCUGCAGAACGGGCUGCCGGAAUCGGCGGCCGGGAUGACGGCCAUUAUACCCACCCGCGUCUACAACAAUGCCAUUGUGAAGGCCUCCGCGAAGGCCGUCGAGUGCAAUCUGUGCCGCAAGCGGCACGUGAUCGCGCCCGCCGUCUACUGCACCAACUGCGAGUACUAUCUGCAGAUGCUCAACCAGCGCAGAUGAUCCAACAGAUCAAUCAAUCCUGACACGCCCCCGCGCCCUACACAGCAUGGAUAAAGGAAGCCGAAGCC